GUGUCUGACAACAAAGCAUCCCUGCCGCCCAAGCCAGGGACCAUGGCAGCAGGUGGCGGUGGGCCAGCCCCUCUGUCCUCAGCGGCGCCCUCCCCCCUGUCAUCCUCUUUGGGAACAGCUGGACACAGAGCCAACUCCCCGUCUCUGUUCGGCACGGAAGGAAAACCAAAGAUGGAGCCUGCGGCCAGCAGCCAGGCGGCCGUGGAGGAGCUAAGGACACAGGUCCGCGAGCUGAGGAGCAUCAUCGAGACCAUGAAGGACCAGCAGAAAUGGAAGUGAACGACAUAAAGAAAGCUCUACAAUCAAAAUGAAUACUUGAUCAAUGAAAUGUCACAUUAUUCAUCCUGAGUCCGAGACUCAAAUUUUCUGCCCCAGCCAAAAUAAUCUUGUGCCAAAAGAUUAAAGGUUUGCCUCAAAAUGUCCCUGUUUGAAAGAUUAGCACAAAAGUCUUGAUAGCACAACACAAAUUCCAUCCAAGAGGAGAAUCUUCCCCAGGGUUUAGUCCUGGGGCUGGCACUCGUUGUGACUUACACAGAGCAAAAUUGUGCUAAAGGCUUUUCUACUCUGAGAUCUCAAUGCGAAAUGAAAACUCAGGCAGUUUAGUCCAUAGUGAUACUAUUUUGAUGAUAUUUUCCAUUAAUAAAAUGUAAUUUCAGAUUAUUCAUUUACAAGCUUUAUAAUUUUAUGAUUUUUUAAUCGUGUUUUGUCACAGACUUCCCUAGUGUUUGUACUACACGUAGUCAGAAGCGAGUGUCCUUUUCUUUUGCUUCAGGCUAAGAGCUGCCUCGCUCUUUGUCCCCCCAUUAGGAUUCUAUUACAUAUGCAAUUGUAGGUUCAACCUGUCCCUUUCCCUGCCAGCAAACCCCACCACCCUAAGAGAAAUUUUAGCUUAUAUAUGAUGGUAUAUUUACAAAAAGAGAAAGAGAAAGUCUGGUAUUUGCAAUGAUCUGUGCCUUCUUUUUACCACCCUCUUGAUUGGAGCUUUUGUGAUGCAGCUACCAUGAUUCAAAAAAAUUAAAAAUUAAAAAAAAAAUCUGCCACUUAUCCAAGUCCACUAGAGGCCACUGUCUUCAAAGCUUCUCUCACCCUAGCCAAAGGUCCUAAGAGGAGACAGCUGUGAAGUUGGGCAUGCUCUGUGGUACCAGCUGUGACUUUUCUAUUUCUCCUAGUUUUAGGUUGUUCAUGAAACUAGAAAUGUCAUCCUGCUUGAUUUUUCAUCAGCCAAGUUAAACUCCUGCUUUCUGUCCUUUGCACCUUUUGCGUGAACAGAAUAUGCAUUAUUAAAGCAAAAAUAAAUAAAAGUAAAAUGCAAAUGAAAACAA